AUGACCGAAAAGCCUUCCGAGCGAUUCCUGAAAUCACUAGAACAAGAACCGAAGCCCGUGCCUGUACAGCGGCGUAAGACACUAUCGUUUUUUCCGAGUGCUUCAGACCAAGACAGUCUUGCCGUCAAAAAGCCCAGACGAGCUCGGGCGUCACUCGUCCCCUCGCGUAGCAUAUUGAAGUCCACAACCGAGGACAAUUACACCGUGACAGGUGUGAUUCAAGUUUCAGUCAGAGAUGAAAACAAACCCGGUCUCAAAAAGACAGACAAGCGACGAGUCAGUUUUGCGCCCGAAGCCACUUUACAUACAUUCCCGACCGACGGGUUGCAGCAGAACCAGUUAGGACCUCUGUUCAAGAUAAAUUCUGUCUCAUCAAGUAGCAGUGACAGCGAGCGCGAGAAAGAAGCAGAAACCGAGCGCGAACAACUUGCAUCAAUCUUUUCGCUGAAUUCUGAAAACGCAGAUAAUGAGAAACCACAAGUGGUAGAGCCCGUCCAGAAUCCGCCAAAAGAAAGUACAGAGACACCACAGGAUGAAAGCGGCAUGGCAAUGGAAGAAACAGAUACAGCAGAGAUUUUUGAAGCCGCGCGGCAGCAAGUUGCAGCACAAGAAGGUGACAAACCCUCAAGCCCGCCAAAAGCAAAAGCAAAAGCAAAAGACCCGCUAAUAGUGCCAUCAGAACCCUCUACAGAAUCUGCUACAGAAUCAACUAGUCCAGAAAAACCUAGUAAUGUUUUAAAAGAUGACUUACCCAAAGCAACUAAGGCAUACAGCUACGCAUCGCCCAUGAAGAAGUUUUCACAACAACUCGACCAAGUGAUUGCUCGGCGACAACAAAGUAGUCCCGGUGAGAGACCUAAAAAGCCGCCAGUUUCGCUAAUUCCACAACUUCCAGAACCGAAGAUUUCUCCAGCAGAAGAAGAAGAAGACGAUAUGGACAUGACGCAAAUGUUUGGAACUAUCAAAGAAAAAGUUUUACAAACUUCUACAUCAUCGACGCCAAUGAAACUCGGAGAUAGUAGUAGCUCACAAUUUUUCAUGGCGGAAAAGCGACAAACUCCAGAGGUCGAGAUCACUACGGCUAAAUUUACAUCUGUAGUUAAGGAAGUGUCUAUCAAGGAUGGGAAAUCGGCAAUUGAUAUGCUAUUCGCCAAUGUCACCAAGAUGAACCACAACCAGGCGACUCGGCGCAAGUCUUUGGCUGAGAUGUUUGGUCCGUUUUCUAGCAAACGUGCAAGUAUCAUUGAAAAGGUUGACAAAGACUCCGAGACUAGUAAAAAGAAUGAUUUGGAGAAUAAGGAAGAUGACAUGGAUAUUACCGGUAUUGCAAGAAAAUCUACAGAUGAAGAUAUGGACCUUACUGGUGUUGCAAGUAAAUCAACUGACGAAGACAUGGAUCUUACUGGUGUUGCAAAAAAAUCAACAGAUGAUGAUAUGGAUCUAACUGGUGUUCCAAGAAAAACAACUAAAGAGAAUAUGUAUCUCGCUGGUAUUUCCAAAACGCCAGAAAGUAGUACAAACAUUACAGGCCUAUCGAAACCUUCAAACGACGAAGAUAUGGAUCUUACUGGAGUGUCGAAACCAAGAGAUGAAGACAUGGAUCUAACAGAAAUUCCUAAAAAAAAUUCAGACAAGGAAGCCAGUUUGAAGAAAUCCAAGUCUGUUAACACAAAUAAACCGGAAAACAAUAUGGAUUCCGCAAAUGAUUUUCAAAAAUCUGAUCUGCUUUCAAAUAGUAUCAAUGUGCCUAACAAAGAUGACGAUGAGAUGGAUUUCACAAAUGUUCCAAGCAAACCCAAGGAUAAAGACAAGGACGAAGAAAUGGAAUUGACUGAGAUUCGCAAGUCAAACGAAAAAGUAACUGAAGAUGAGGACAUGAGCAUGGAAUACACAAACAUUCCGGGAACCCUCCCAAAACCAAGUGAUGAUGAUGAAAUGGAGUUAACCAACGUUCCGCAUAAAUCGGAUGGCCCAAAAAAGAGUGAUGAGAGCGAGGAUGAAAUGGAUUUUACCAACGUUCCCAAGAGAAACAAAGAAGUGGUUAACCUUUUGAGUAAAGACAAUGAGUCUAUGGAUUUGACUAGUGUACCGAAAAAGAAACUUCCGUCUGUGGCAGCAACAGCAAGCAUGACAACUGAUGAUGGAUCUAUGGACAUGGACUUUACGGAAGUCCCUAUUAAACCUACAGGAUUGUUUGGACGUCGGCUUUCGGUCAAGGAUAGUACAAGAGAAACCAAAGUGUCGACGACGCCUGAAAAACAAACAACAAAUGCAGUGCAAGAACAGGGGACCCCAAGGACUCCACGACAUGCAACUUCCCACGCAAAUAAGGUGGGUGGACAUCCCAGAGAUAUUACACCUAGUAAAGGACGAUCUGCAUCUCCCAUUUCUCGGAAACGUCGACGACGGCAAUCGUUUGAUAAUGGGGAUCAACGAGGACCCAAACGACGACAAACUCUUCCUGCAUCUUCAGGGGUAGGUUUAGCUAGUUUGAAUGGCCCCGUGACGCGGACGCCUCCAAGAAAGCAGCCGCAACAUGCAAGCACGGUGGAAACAACGCCGAGUUCAGGAGACAAGAGUGGUAAAAGCAGUAGCAACAGAGAUGUAUUUGGGGUUGCACCAGUGUUGACACCGUCCAAGGCUAAAAUUCUUGCGGAGAAGAUUGCACAGAUUAGUCCAAGAAAAUCAGGGGGGAGUUUUGGGCCUCCUCCUUUGCUUUCUGGUGCUCGCGGGCCUAUAGGCAAGAAUGUACCAGAACUUGAGGCCGUUUAUAGAUUUGAGGAGACGCAGCUUGGGUUCUCUAAGUUAUUAAAGUUUAGAGAAGGAGAAAAAGAGCAGGAAGUUGGAAAGGAGCCUGAGAAACAGGAAAGUUCUUCUGGAGAGUCUUUAUGGACAGGACUUAAAGAAUUUUUGAGGCAGAUCAACAUUGAGUUUAUGGACAAGCUUCUUGUACAGAGUCUAGAUAAACCAUAUUCUACAGCAGCCAAGGCCCAGAGACUUUUAAGACUACAUGAACAAAUGAUGAAAAAAAGUGGUGAUGAAGGUGGAGAUCCUGGGCUUGCUGAAUAUGCUGUGGAGAAACAGCGGAUUCCACAGUGGGAAAUGUUCAAGUUUGGGUUUCGCGAGAUGCGCAAGGACAUCAAGUCAAUCCAAAAUAUUAUUGCUGAGGUGGAACAAGAUAUGGCAGCAGUACCAGGGGGGCCUCGAGUUGUUGAGUAUUACACGCGAGGAACUGCAGUGGACCAAGCAGCAAUUGAAGCCAAGUUAAUGAUGGCCAAAAACUACAUGCGAACACGUUCUAAAGGACGGUGGUACAAGUGGAGACUAGAUUUGAUGGGCGGGCUAGUGGAUAGCUUGGAGAAGAACAAACAAGCCUUGGUCAACGACCGCAAAUUGCUUGAGUCUAGGGUCGAAAACGUGGGCGGGACCCAGAAACUUGCUCAGACGCAUAAUGAAGUGAGUGAAUUACACAAAAAAACAGCAGAGAGAUUACAGCAGCUCAAAGCACGCCAGGCUACUUUGUUAGAGAAACAAAAGCAGGAGCACAGUGCUGAGGAGCUUGCUCGAGUGCGUUUGAGACAUGAGCGGGCACGCAAACAAGUUCUUAUGAUUGAGGAACGGGUUCGCAAAGUGUUGGGUGAGCUGGCAGCCCAGGACGAGCGGGCAGAGACGUUGCGAGCAGAGCGGGAUAGUUUGGCUACACGAGUUUCAAAAACAUCGUUGGAAGUGCGGCAAGCGCGGCAGGAUCGAGUGCACGAGCUGCGGUCAGUUAUUGGAAAACACCAAGGUCUUAGUGUUGUUUCAGGAGUGCGGUAUGUUGAUGGAGAUGUUUUUGUUGUUGGAGAAAGCGGUUCAUGUUUGCGGGUAGAACUUGAGGGCGGGUUGCUAGUUACGAUUGAUGGUGAUGGUGUGUCUCGAGUGCUGCGCAUUGAUCCACAAGACGUUAGUGAGUGGAAUGGUAGCGGCGGCAAAAAUAACAGCAGCAGUAGCAGCAGCAGAAAAACAGUUGUUGCAAAGUUUUUGGCCAAUCGGCUAUUUUUGGUGGAAGAAGGAAUAUUGAUUGAUGACCAUAGCGGUGGGAAACCGUACGGCGAUUUACCCGCGGAGAAGGAUGAGAACACUGCUAAGUCAUUGGAGGAGAAACUUGGGCAGGUGUGCUUAAGGUGGGCACGGGCUCGAGCAAUUUUAGGGUUACUUGCGCGAGCCGGGUUGUAUGCUGUUUUACAGGAGCGGGUGUUUGUUGCAAAUGAUGGUGGAGAUGCACGUGUAGAAGUGACUGCGACAGUUUUUGAAGAUAACGACGAGAAUGCUCAGGCGGCAGUUUGCAAACGUCGUCGACUGGCUGUAGUGACGAUUCGGUCCGAAGACGUUUGGGACCCAUCUGGGAAAUGCUUGCGAGGAUUGUUAGGGCUUGUUUCUAUGGUGCAGGCUAGAUUAGGAGCAGCAAGUGAUGUUGGGAGUGGCGCUUGA